AUGAGUUCUUUUGCUUCUGAUAUAGGUGUCUUGAAUGAUGAAAUCAUGAGACUUGUUUCAGAAAAUGCAAAACUCAAACGAAAGCAAAAUGACGAAAUUGAAGAAGGAAUUCAAAAUAAAAUUGGCGAAUUACUUGGAGAAAUUAAGGAACUUACAGAAAGAAAUAAACUUCUUGAAACAAAAGUUAUGAAAUCAGUUACAAUCGAGCAGUAUAAUCAAGAUAUUAAAGCUUCUGUUGAACAAUUGAAGGAAACUCAAGAUAAACUGAAAAUUGCAAAUGAAAAGCUUGAAAUACAGCAAGAGUUAACUCUCAAACUGAAAUCUCAUUUACCUUCAAAUGUAGAUGAUCCAAACUCUCAAAAUGAUCAAUUAAAACAGAAACUUUCUCAAAUAUUACAAGAAAAAUCUGCUUUAGAGAUGGAAAUUUCUGAAAUGCAGAUAAAUCAUCAAGCAGAAGUUGAUACAUUAACUGAUAAGCUAAUAACUCAGUCAGAGCAAUUAAAAGAAGUGAACUCAUUUGAAUCUAAAUAUAAAGAAUCACAAGACAAGAUUGCUGAACUCAAUAAAAAUUUAAGUAUUAUGGAACAAGUUAAUUUGGUCAAUAAAAAGAGUCUCAAUCAUGAAAUUGAAUUGAGAAUAAAGGCAGAAAAUGUAAUAGAAGGCAUCAGAAACAAAAUGUCUCAAUAUUCAUCGAAAUUUGAAAAUGAAUUUUCAACAGCACAAAUUGCAGUAGAUUCACUCGUUAAAAUGUUAAAUUGCACUCCUACAGACAUUGUGCCUUAUGUUCAGUCUCUUUUAGUUUCUCAAGAAAAGAAUCAAAUUACAGAAGCUAAAAACAAAGAAUUAGAACAACAAAUAAAGGAGCAAACUGAAACAGCCUCUGAGCAAAAAGAUUACAUGAAAGAGCUUGAAAAUGAAAGGAAGAGAAAUCAAGAAUUAUCACUUGAAAUUGAAACAAUCAGACAAACAGUUAUUGAACAGAAUGAACAAAUAGAACUACUAAGAGAAGAAAAUGAUAAGAAGAUUGAUGAGAUGCAACAACUUCAUGAUAUUGAAAUUCGUAAUUUCCAAGAUGAGAUUGACUUGGCAAAUACAAAGAUCGCACAAUUAGAGCAAAUCAAAGUUCCUUCAUCAGUUAAAUCAACAGUAUCUUCAAAUAGUUUUGCUACAACAGCAACUUCCAGAAAUGCAACACCAAUUCUCACUACAAAGUCUAUUACUCCACUGAAAUCAAGGAACAGUUCUAGUCAUACUACUCCAAUAAGAUCUCUUAUACAUCCUGUUUCAAAUACAGAACAAGAUUCUGACUCCAAUGAUAAAUAUCUUGAAAAAAUUACUGACUUUAUUGAUAUUGUUAGUAAUUUCUGUAAAUCUGAGGAGUUCAAAGAUAAUGAAGGACUAAGAAGCAUUGGCGAUCUAUUUUCUAUCUUGAUUGAAAGACCAUUCAAUCAAGAACAGGCUCUUACAAGUGUCGAAACUAUGAUUGCGACAUUAAGUAAUAUGGAAAUUGCUAUUUGGCAUGCAAACGAUAUCAAGAAUGCAUUUGAAGGUGAAAUUGGUUCGUUCGAAAAAGAAGUUUGUGAAAAGAUGCAAAUACUUGAUAAACAAUUGCAAGUAAUCAAUAGAAAGAUUUCUUCGUCAAAACCUGGAGCUUUUCAUAAUUCAAAACGAAUGAAAUCAAAAAUUCCAAUGUUAACAAAAAGAACAGGUGAUAUACCACCUGCAUCACCUCUAAAGCGUAGUUUAAUUAAUGAUCCAAAUCCUCAAAGUGUUAGAAUUCCAUUUCAAGAUUAA